CCUCAGACACCCCAUUUCCUGUUUGUAACUGAACAGAGUACACACCAAAGAUGUUAAGAAACAAAUGAGAGAAAAAAACUGAGGUAGAGAAAAAGACACAUUUCACUGCUACACUUCUUUGACAUAACAAAGCAACGUUACUUGGAAACAAAGGUCUGUGGGAGCAUUUUUAAUCCAUGCGUUUACCUUAUGGCUGCAUAAGGAUUUCUCUGAAAAAAGAAGCAUGUCAGGAAACUCUGAAUGCCAGUAUUAUGUCUGGGCAAUUAUAGCCUCCUUGGUUUUAGCUCUGGUUAUAUCACUGAUCUUCAAUGUUUCCCACUAUGUGGAAAAGCAGCGACAAGGUAAAAUAUACAGGCACUCUGAUUACUACAUCCCCAGGGAGGAUGACUAUUAUAUUGAAGACACACCAAUUUAUGGUAACUUAGAUAAUGUGGUCCCAGAACAAAUGGAUGAAAAUUGUUAUGAACAAAUGAAAGCCCGACCAGAGAGAUCUGUGAAUGAACUGCAAGAAGCCGCCCGACCUGCACCGGCAAUCGAUGAAUCACAGAUGUUUUACGCCUCACUGAAUCACAAUUGUGAGGGGAAGCCCAGAAAGCCCAGGAAACAAAAUACUUAUGUGUCAGACAAGAAUGAAGAUGAGCUGUUACCUGGAAUGAACACCAGCCUUCCUGAGACUACCCUGGUGUACAGUCUCCCACCCGCGAGCCCGACAAUAGAGGAAAACAUUCACGAUGAUCCCGUUAGACUGUUUGGAUUGAUUCGUGCUAAUAAAGAACCUGUGAAUUAGCUGGAUUAUGAUUCAGCUCUUACUGAAGAAGAUUGGGAGGGAAAACCCACAAAAAACCCCACACAAGAUCCCUCUAUGACACAGCAUAAUGUGGCAGGGUGACGGUAUGAUCAUCUGUUGGUGGGAUGGUGGUUUACCUUCUUAUCCAGAACUUACGUUCUUGCACACUGAAUAGAAUGUCAUGAAAAUCAGUUUUUCGAAUCAGUUAUUUGAAUUCACUUGACAAAUGUCUAAUAGUCAAAUGUAAAAUAAAAUAAAGUUUACAAACUGA